UAGAAAUCACCUUUAACAGCCUGACAGACGAGCGACGAGCCCCCCUGAAAAAGGCAAAUGAGUUUGAUUUGUGCGGCCGUAAAAACGCCCGGAACCGCGGCGAGGACGCGCUGAGCCCGUCUGCGCCUCCUGUCAGGGUUUUUUUUUCUUGCAUAUAUUUCUAUACAUAUAUAUCCCAUGAUGCCGCAGGCUUUGCGCACUGUUGCUUGGUUUUGAACGAGUCUUCCUCCUACUGGAUAAUUUUACUCGCCUCUUGAGGUCCGAGAGGAGGAGAGGAGCGAAACAAGUGACGUGAAUCGGCCUCCUGCUCCGUCAAGCUGCAGCAUCGGGGGAAGCUGAACCACUGGCCUGAGCUGGGUGGAGCAGUGACCGCCUGUAGCAUGAUGUCCUACCUCAAACAGCCCCCCUACGGGGUCAAUGGCCUGGGGCUGAGCGGCGCUGCCAUGGACCUGCUGCACCCCUCGGUGGGGUACCCAGCGACUCCCCGGAAGCAGCGGAGGGAGCGGACCACCUUCACGCGCUCGCAGCUGGACGUCCUGGAGGCUCUGUUCGCCAAAACCCGGUACCCGGACAUCUUCAUGCGGGAAGAGGUGGCGCUGAAGAUCAACCUGCCGGAGUCCCGAGUUCAGGUGUGGUUCAAGAACAGGAGGGCCAAGUGUCGCCAGCAGCAGCAGAGCGGCAGCAGCGCCAAAGCCAGGCCGCCCAAGAAGAAGUCCUCUCCGGCCCGGGAGAGCACCGGCUCGGAGAGCAGCGGUCAGUUCACCCCUCCCGCCGUCUCCAGCGCCGGCUCUUCCUCUUCCUCCACCUCGUCCACCAACCACGCGGGGCCCGCGGCGCUCAGCAGCACCUCUACCUCCAUCAGCACCGUCUCCUCCAUCUGGAGCCCCGCCAUCUCUCCGGGAAACGCCCCCGCGCCCGCCGUCGCCCCGCUCCCCGAGCCGGGACCCCCGUCCAACGCCUCCUGCAUGCAGCGGUCCAUGUCGGGCUCGGCCGCCGCCGCCACCUCCUACCCCAUGUCCUACAACCAGACGCCGGGCUACGGCCAGGGCUACCCGGGCCCCUCCAGCUCCUACUUCAGCAGCGUAGACUGUGGCUCCUACCUGGCGCCCAUGCACUCCCAUCACCACCCCCACCAGCUGAGCCCCAUGACGGCCUCCUCCAUGUCCGGCCACCCGCACCACCACAUCAGCCAGUCGUCGGGGCACCACCACCACCACCACCAGGCCUACGGCGGCUCCGGCCUGGCCUUCAACUCCUCCGACUGCCUGGAUUACAAAGAGCAGACGGCGGCCUCGUCGUGGAAGCUCAACUUUAACGCCACGGACUGCUUGGACUACAAAGACCAGGCCUCCUGGAGGUUCCAGGUCUUGUGAUCAGCUUUUUAACUUUUUCUUUUUUUUUACAUCUUGGCUUCUUUUCCUGCUGCCCCCCUCUUCUAUUAGUUUGUUGCUUGUUAUUAAAAACAAAGAGUUUAUGAACCGUGACGACCUGCUCUGCAGUCGAACUGCUCUCCUCCCCACCUGCCCUCCGUGUUAUCGAGAAAAAAAAAAGAAGAAAAAAUGACAAAACUAAAAAAAACAAAAAGAUCCCACUGAGCAUCAGGAGCAGCUUUGAGGCGAUUUCUAAACAUGUGGAGGAGCUUAAAAACUGUUCUACAAAAACGCGACUCGGACAAACUCCUUCGACCAGCAGCCCUCUGGACGGGAGGAAUAUUUUCCCCUCCGUUGCACUGAAACAAACUGCCCUCCUGCCCUCCUGCCCCUCUCACCCCCGGCCCUGCCAGAUUCUGUACAGUUUUUAUUUCUCAAAUUUGUUAUUUUAGGACAACAGAGAUUUUUAGUCAGCUGCAUCGCGGAGCUGAAAUAUGUAAAUACUAUUUGGGUCAGUUGCAGUGACCAUGUUUAGCUUUUUGUUUUGUUUUGUUUCUUUUUCUGAAUUUAAAAUUGUUUAUAACAACUUUGGGAGGGAGGGGAAAAAAAGCAAAACAAAAAAGAGAGAAAAAAACGCAGCAUGUAAAUCUUUCUCAAUAUUCCAAAGAUGAUAAAUUGGCCAUGAAGUUGCGUUUUUUUGUUGUUUUUUUUUCACAUGGGGUUUUAUGCAGAAAAAAAAAAUACGUGAAAAUUUUUGGAUGUCUUGGAUUUAAUGAAAGGCAUCAGACCGGGUGCAGAUGUUACUGCAGCCUCCACAUUUCCCAACCAGAUCUCCUUUCUUGAGCAUUGUGGUGGAACUGGACAUGUUUGAACCGCAGCACUUGGCUUAAUUGUGGGGUCAAAGUCUCUCUUUUUUUUGUGUUUUAUUUUAUUUUUUAUUAUUAUUAUUAUUGGAGGGGGAAAAUGUGGAUUUAAUGAUCCAAAAGAGAGAGAGAGAGAUGUUGAAUGUAUCUUAAAGGCAACAACACUUGCAUACAUGUUCAUCCAAUAAA